CCGUGUUUAGCAUCUCCUACUAUGGACUGACCCCGGAACACAACUGAGGGUAUCAGGGACCGGAUCAUCAAGGCCAGUGAUUUGUUUAGGCCGGGUGACUGAGGCCUAGGAUCUGGACACACGUUUUCCUCUGCCAUUCUGAAGGUUCCCGAGGUCAGGGACUUGCUCCACCCCCCUACACCCCGAGUGAGUGCAGACUUGGGGUUUGGGUGUGUAGAGCACUUCGAUGGAGAUUCUAAGGACUUCGUGACAUAUCUGACCUUCUUUCUUUGGGCCGUCGCGCUGGCUGGACUUGGCUGGAAUUCGGACUUUGCCCUUGUCAUCUUUCCUGAUCUUUAAAAGCCCUCUUAAAAGUUCCAGAUGAAGAUGUUUGAGAGCCUUGACUCUUCAGCUGCGAAGUCUGGCCGGGAUCUCUGGGCUGAAAUUUGUUCUUGUCUGCCAAGUCCUGCCCAAGAAGAUGUUGCCGACAAUGCCUUCUCAGACUCCUUUAUGGACUCACAUCCUGCAGGGGAAGGCCAUAUGGCAGCAGCAGAUUCUGCUGUCCAGCCGGCUGGGAAGCCGUGGGCUCCCUUGCAUGAUUCAGAAGUGUACUUAGCCUCUCUAGAGAAGAAACUAAGAAGAAUCAAAGGUUUAAAUGAGGAAGUAACUUCCAAGGACAUGCUUCGAACUCUGGCCCAAGCUAAGAAGGAGUGCUGGGAUCGAUUCCUCCAGGAGAAGUUAGCAUCAGAGUUUUUUGUGGAUGGACUUGAUUCCGAUGAGAGCACCUUGGAACAUUUCAAAAGGUGGCUCCAGCCAGAUAAAGUUGCCAUCAGCACAGAGGAGGUCCAGUUCCUCAUCCCUCCGGAGUCGCAGGCUGAGAAGCCAGAGGCCGGGGACAAGCCAGCAGCAGCAGAACAAUAAAUUACACACACAUACGCCAAGCAGCUGUCUGGGGCCCAGGGGGAACAGCAGAGAGCUUGACAGCACGGCAGCAAGGAGACAUCCAGGGAGGGGAAAAAGCCCAGGCUCCCACUCCACAAAGCAAACAGCUGCUGGCCCCCGGGGACUUGCUUAGGGCUGGCAUGUGUGACUGUCCUGGAUGAAGUGACAGACCCAGUGUGUGCUGGAUCAAAACACUGCUGUCCUGCAUGUCUUGUAGCUUGACUGAGCACUGCUGCUGUGGCUGCGGCUGCGGCUGUGGGUAAGGGGUCUGUAAGGACCCAGCGAAGAGCAGAGUGUGAAAGAGCUCGGAGACACUGGAGCCCUUGGAUAGAAUGGAUCAGUCAAGUGAGCCAUGUUUUCUCUCUCUCUUCUGGAUCUUCAUGCGUGUGUCUCAAGCAUUCCAUAGUUAAGUAGUCAGGAACAAGUGUAGCCAAGGAGAGUGAAGUCAGUCCCCUUGAGUCCAAGUCCUUGCCGGACUCGCUCACAUACUCAUCGUAAAUGGAUGGACUCCCAGGAACCGGGCUUUUCCUUUUGAUUUGUUCCUUUUGUCAAAAAAUGGAAGAAGAAAAAAAGAAGUGUGAAAACGUGGGUGUUUAUAUCUGUGUAGAUAUAUUUUCUAUUUCGUGGCUUCUCCCCCAGCUUCUGCUUGUAGGAACUUUACACGUUCCAAAUUAGACUUGUAAAUAUGGUUUAGUGUUUGACACAACUCUCGAUUAAUUCCAAACUUGCUUCCCGUGGCAAGUUCCCCAACUGAGACUGAGCUCGCAUUUACUCCUUGUUUAUUGUGUUGUUCAUGUAAAGUUUGAGUUGUCUAUAUAAAACUUUCUCAUUGGAA